CGUUCAGCUACAACAACCCCACCAACACUUAGCCUUUUUGUAUUUCGCGAGUGACGCGUAGAUUCCAUCCAAGUUAUCACCAAACACACAAUCACCACUCCAAAUGGCUUCUGAAGUUGUUUCGAAGCUCCAGAACCUCGUCACAGGCGAGUCGAAGAGCGCCCGCAAGAAGAAGGCUAAGCAGGAGAGCGCUGCCACCGCAGUCCCAGCUGCCACUGAGAAUGCGUCUUCUGAGGCAGGCGCUGGUAGCUCUGACCCUAUAGGAAAUGUCAAUGGCGACAGCGAGAACUCCUACAUCAAGGAGCUCCAGAAGAACAUCCGUAACAUCAACAAGAAGCUGAAUGCCACCCAAAAGGUCGACUCAAUCAUCGCAGAGAAUCCCGGCGUCUCUCUCGACGAACUCGCCGCAACCCGCAAGAUCAACGCCGACCAGAAGGCCCAGGCUCAGAGGAAGCCAAAGCUUCAGGCUGAGCUCGCACAACUGGAGGAGCAGAUCGUACAAUACAAGAAGUUCGACCAGGAAUACCAAGAGAAGCACGCUCGCGAGAAGGAAAUCCUGCAGAAGUCACACUCCAGCGAGCUCGAGGUGCUGAGGGAAACACUUAAGACUGAAGCGGCAAUCACGCAGAAGAAGGUCUUCCGCGAGAAGAUCCUCACACUGUCUCGCUUCUUGAGGGCGGCUGCUGCUCGCCGCCAGCUGGAGGAUGACGAUUCGGACCUCACCAAGGCUUUUGAGGGAGCUUUGCUGCAGGUUUACGGAGGCGACGCUGUUGCUGUCACUGCGGCUGAGAAGCUCAUCGAAGGUGCUGAGGAUGGCGUGCCCUCUACCGAGGGUGUGCUACUGAGCGUGACUUAUUCGCAAGUUAAGCAGGCCGCGCUUGAGGAGGCACCCUUCGCCGCAGAGGAAGCCUGGGUUGACGAUGUCGCACAGGCCCAGCCCACCGCUCCCGAGACAGAGGCGCCAGAGGCAGUCUCCGACCCCACCGUCACGCACGCAGGCCUGACAGAGCUCGACGCUGGAUCAGCGACUGCUGGUGGAGCGGAGGCUGGCCAGUCAGCCGUACCGGCGCCAGCAAGUAUUGAGCCUGAGGCUGCUAAUGCUGCUGCAACUGAGCAGUGGGACAAGCAGGCCGGCGGUCAGGAUGAGCCCCUGUCUGAGCCAUUCGAGAUUAUUCCCCGCGACCCCGCUGAGACCGAGACUCCCCACGAGACCGCGCCAGUUACUAGCACUCAGAGCUGGGCUGACGACACCCCCGAACCGGCAGCCGCCCAGGCUCCUGCUAACGACGGCUUCUCUGAGGUCCAGCACAACCGUGGCGGUCGUGGACGUGGAGGACAAGACCAGGGUGAAGGACGAGGAGGAUACAGGGGCCGUGGUCGCGGCGGUCGUGGCGGAGGCGAGUUCCGUGGACGUGGACGCGGCCGUGGUGGUGACUUCAGGGGUGGUCGAGGUGGCUUCCGCGGUGCUCCUCGUGGCGAGUCGUCUGCGUAAAGCAUCUACAAACACUUCUCUUCUCUGUCACUUUGGGUUUUCUGAGGCACGCAAAGCCCUUCGCCUUCUGGUUUGGCUUACCUACCUCGCCUCCCACUUUGAGCAUUUGAGCGGAAUGGUAAAAAAGAACAGCUUCACAGCAUUUGUACAACCAGAUUUGUUUACUGCAUAGCAUCGGAGCGCCGGCCUCUCAGACAUCGGCCACUGUACUCUAACGACUGGGCGGUAAUGAACAUGGGUUUGUCACAUAUUUCGUCUGUAUUGGCUCUUGUGGCAUGACUCGUUGCUGAUGUUGACGUCAAAAUCGUUACUGCAAGUCAAGUUGCAAUUUAAUCUGAUAAGCACGUCCC